UAAUUGCCCAAACCCUGCGCUGAGUUUAUCGUCGUGCCAGUUGGCGGAGCGGCUUCCCGGACGACUAUUAUUUGCAGUUUUUAGGGUGGGUGGGGGGUUACUCGACCUGUGUGAGGAAGAAAAGCGGCUCGGUUACCGUCGAGUUAUCCCCAGCUAAGCUAACAGCAGUUCGGGUGGGGGUGGAUUUCUGUUUUUUUCGGCCCUCGGAAAAACCGAGUAAAAUUAGCGUCUCGGGAGCAUGUUGUGUCUCAAGCAGAGGAAGCAGGUCUAAUGGAGGAGGAGAAAGAAAUGUCCGUGGAUGAGUAUCGGUUAAUAAAGUGUUAGCUAAGCGACGCUAGUGGGUGAAGCUAAAACUGAUCAAGGAAGUUUGCUAGCACACCUCGCUCACACGGCGACAGAUGUGUUACCGGACCAAGGGUCGGCUCAAACGGCACGGUUAUUAAAGAGUUUAGAUACACACAUACACACGACAUCCGGUUAUGAAAUUGUUUUAAAAGCUGGAGUUCAUGACGUGUUAGUGGACCUUUAGGUUAAUUAAACGCUAGCUCAGUUAGCUGCUUCAACGUUAGCUACAAAGUCUGAGCCUGUUGUAAACAAAGAGUCCCGAGCUCCUCCGGUCCUCAGCUGCCUGUUUCACCAACACAGCUGCCUUUUAUCUAAAACAAAAAAAAUAGAAUAGCACUGAAGGAAAUAUCAGAGAUGGAUUUAAAGACGGCAGUAUUUAACGCAGCUAGAGACGGAAAGCUCCGGCUGCUCCAAAAACUGCUGGAGAACAAAGAUGGGCACGAGGUAACCCAGCUGAUGGGUGAGAAGACCAAUGGGGCCACCCCGCUGCUGAUGGCCUCACGGUACGGACACCUGGACCUGGUGGAGUACCUGCUGGAGUGCUGCAGUGCUCCUGUGGAGGUCGGUGGGUCUGUGAACUUUGACGGGGAAACCAUCGAGGGAGCGCCCCCCCUGUGGGCUGCUUCGGCAGCUGGUCACCUGAAGGUGGUCCAGUCCCUGCUGGGGCACGGAGCGUCUGUCAACAGCACCACCCUGACCAACUCGACCCCCCUGAGGGCAGCGUGCUUCGACGGUCACCUGGACAUUGUGAAAUACCUGGUGGAGCACAAAGCUGACCUGGAGGUGGCCAACAGACACGGACACACGUGUCUGAUGAUCUCCUGCUACAAGGGACACAAGGAGAUAGCUCAGUACCUGCUGGAGAAAGGAGCAGAUGUCAACAGGAAAAGUGUGAAAGGUAACACGGCACUCCAUGAUUGUGCGGAGUCAGGCAGUCUGGAGAUAAUGCGGAUGUUGCUGCAGUACGGAGCAUCCAUGGAGCAGGACGGCUACGGUAUGACACCCCUGCUCUCUGCCAGCGUCACAGGCCACACGAACAUCGUAGAUUACCUGACAACGCACCAGCAGACAAGCCACACGGAACGCAUCGACGCCCUGGAGCUCUUGGGAGCCACAUUUGUGGAUAAAAAAAGAGACCUGCUCGGAGCUUUAAAAUACUGGAAGAGAGCCAUGGACCUCAGGUACACGGAUAGCAACAACGUUGUCCAUAAAGCGGAACCCAAACAACUCAUCAUGGCUUACGACUACGCCAGGGAAGUAACAAACGGAGAAGAGCUGGAUGGUUUGAUAUCUGACCCGGAUGAGAUGCGCAUGCAGGCUCUGCUCAUCCGCGAGAGAAUCCUCGGUCCGCAGCAUCCAGACACGUCUUACUACAUCCGUUACCGCGGUGCCGUCUAUGCUGACUCUGGGAACUUUGAGCGCUGUAUAAAUCUGUGGAAGUACGCGCUGGACAUGCAACAGAGCAACCUGGACCCCCUGAGCCCCAUGACAGCCUCCAGUCUGCUGUCGUUCGCCGAGCUCUUCUCCUUCAUGCUGCAGGACAGGGCCAAGGGGCUUCUGGGGACAUCAGUGUCAUUUGAGGACUUGAUGGGGAUCCUUUCCAAGAGCGUGUUGGAGAUAGAGCGGGCAGUCAAACAAUGUGGACUGAUGCCUCCUGACCCUGCCCAGCUCAGCAAGGCUCUGUCAAUCAUCCUGCACCUCAUUUGUCUUUUGGAGAAGGUGCCAUGUACUGCGGAACAGGACCACUACAAGAAGGAAACCAUCUAUAGAUUCCUGAAGCUCCAGCCGUGUGGUAAGAACGGCUACAGUCCACUACACCUGGCAGUCGACCGUAACACCACUUGCGUGGGCCGUUACCCCGUCUGCAAGUUCCCCUCCUUCACUGUCGCUUCCAUUCUUCUUGAGUGUGGGGCAGAUGUUAACAGCCGGGAUGAAGAUGACAACAGCCCACUUCAUAUAGCUGCAUCCAAUGGUCACGCUGACAUCAUGAACCUGCUGAUUUCAUGCGGGACUCACUUCGACAGCACCAACGCCUUCCAGCAAACGGCCUGCGACCUCCUAGACGAGAAGGAGCUGGCCAGGAAUGUCAUCCAGCCCAUAAACCACACCACGCUGCAGUGCCUCGCCGCCAGGGCCAUCAUCAAGCACAGCCUCGACUACAGGGGAAACAUCCCCGAAAAACUAGAGGCCUUCGUCUUGCUCCACAGAUAAUGAUCGUGAAGACAUUUCGGGGUGAAGGGACAGAUGGAAACGGGGAAGGGGGUGAUUCCAGGUGUGGACUGGAGAGCAUGAUGGUUCAACACCUGACCCACAAGGUGUUUGAAGAGCUGAAAGACUUGUUUUUGUGGGUUUGGUUUGCAAAUUGAAACCAUUUGGAGAGUAUGAACUUCAAGAUUUGUGUGCACAAAAAUGUCCUCAUUCUACCAGGAUGGACUGAAUGAUGAGUGGAUUAAAUGGAGGGAUGAGUGACCAUUUUCUUCCUCUGUUCAUUACUUCAUGGAGCCACAGGUCACAGCUCUAUCUGUGGGGAUGUAUUAAGAAUGGACGGUAACAUGGACAAACAUGGAUGAACUGAGCAAGGGGUUUACGUAUUUUUUGCUUUAGAAAAAAUAGAAUUUUUUUUGCAUAUUCCACGAUGCUAUUUAUUGAAUGAAACAUGAGAGAUUUUUCUCCAUGCUGGCUCCAACCCAGCCUCAAACUUUGCCUGCUUCUCUCUUGUCAAAGCAAUGAUUGAGGCAUUUCUACAUAUGCUGGGACUUCAGGUUUAUUUUUUGUGUUUGUCCCAUCACUGUUGCCAACAGUCACGGACCCUUUCUCAGUCAUCGUUAGGUUACCUUAUUUUUAUUUUUUUUUUGUACUUUUUACAAUACAUUUAGUUAUUGUCAUGCGAAUCUGGAUCUGCCAAUCGGCGCAGAUUUUAUUACAUUUGUCGUUCCCACUUUAGUGUAUAACAAAGCUUUACGAGAAGGGGUUAAAUGUCUGCGAACACCAUAAGUGCUUUAUUCUUCCUAUGCACAGGCUAGGCUGUUGGAAAGAGAGACUGUUGUAUUCUGUGCCGGCACUUGUCUGUGCAAUAUCUCUCAUGAGUUUUUGUGUUUACCUCAUUGCUGCCGUUCCCUUCAGUAUCCCCCUUCCCCAGUCGAGGGGGGGGGGGGGGGGGAGGAGAAUGCAAAACCAUUGUACUGAUUGUUGUAAGAAGGGUGAAUGAACUGGAGUGAGUGUGUAUGUGAGAGUGCCAGUAUGUGUGUCUGUGAUUUUUUGUUUUUGUUUUUUUGAGCUUACACAAAUAAUUGAGGACAAGAGUUUGGAGUGGCACACAUGUGAGAUUCCAUAAUGCACAUGACUGCCACUAGAAACCGCAGCGGCCAAACUAACCGAAUUACAACCGCUGGAGUGUGCAGACUUGUACACAGAAGUGACCUCUUAACGCUCGUACAUGGCCGACCUUUAAAAUGUCGCUGGUCUUUUAAUAAUCUUGAUCAAAAGAAAAGUCUGGGGUAGGUCAACAUCUUUGGCCCACUGUGCAUGUGCAGCGGCAGCAUAUCAACCAACCAAUCACUGCAGAAAACCUUUCAUGAGAACUCCUAGACUACAGCUAGGAUGCUCAUUUUGUACAACUCAUCGUCCAAUUGUAUGAGAACUGAGGACACAGAUGAGUUAGAGGGUGCCUCAACGUACAGAAUAGUAAAGCUUUGUGAAUUAUCUUGUUUGCACAUUAGCUUUAGAUGUGUGGGUUGAAAAAAAGGGCUUUUCAUAAUUCGUAGGAUUUCAUAUUGCAGUCUAUUUAACCUGACAGUUCAAAACCAGACAUAGAAAAUGUAUGACAACUCCCAGGGCAACUUGAUUUGAAUCUGCACUUUACUACAGCGGAGUUUAAGAUGUGAUAUGACAUUAGUCAAGUUCAUGUCUUAAUAACCAGUUUGACAAUAAACCCAUCUUG